AAAUAUGGCACUAAUUAAUAAAGAAAUUCAAGCUGACAAACCAGGAGAGCCUGCGAGAGUCUGCAGGAGAGCCUGUAGAUGCAUCUGAAGCAAAUGAUAUCAGAAAGGAAUCCUUUGUUUGGCCAGAUGAGGCAGUUCUUUUGUUUUUGGAGACUUAUCGAGAUAAAGAGUUUGAUUUUGCCUCGGGUCUGAAACGCAACAAUAAAAUAUAGAUGGAAAUUGCCACUGAAAUGAAGAAGGCAAAAUAUAAUGUCACUGUUGCUCAGUGUCAAAAUAAAAUGUCUGGAUUAAAAAGAACAUAUAAAAAUAUAAGUGACAGCAACAAAAAAUCAGACAAUCAUUUAAGUUCUUGGGCAUUUUAUUCUGUUAUGGAUUCGAUAUUUGGAGAAAAAGCAUGGAUAGCACCUGUAUCAAUAGCCAGCAGCGAUGGUCCUUCUCGAGGCUCUUCAUUAUCCAUUUUAACGGAGACAUUAACAAUAGAUGAACCAAAAUCGAAAAAAAGACGCGUGGAAUCAAUUUUUGAAUCAUUUAUUACAGAAAUAAAAGACAAUAAACAGAAAGAAAGGGAAGACGGAGAACAGAGGAGAGCUGAAAGAAGAGCAGAAAAGGAAAAUAAGGUGGAAAUAAAAUUAAACAAGAAAAAUUGGAAAUGCACAAAGAGAGAAUGCAGUUUCAGUAGUCUCUGAUUGAACUACUCGCUAAAAUUGCAGAACGCAAGGAACAUUAAUUUAAAGAGCUUAACUGUGAUUGAAUGAAACUACAUACUGUGAUGUAAUAUGUGUUCAAGGAAACCCACCUGACGAAAGUUUUUUUAGAUGUACUUAUGUUGUCUUGUUUAUAUUGCUUUAUAUAUGCUAAUAUUAUUUUUUUAUUUGAAUUAAU